AUGGAAGUGCACGUGGAGGAGGUCCUUUCUUGCUCGGGCAGUGCCGUCGCACCUGUGGCUGUUGUCCGCGAGCUGCCACGAAUAGGAGAUUUCCAGUUUGGCGCUCAGGAAGACGCGCAUGAAUUCUUCGGCUGUGCCGUGGAUGCCAUGCAGACAGCUUGUUUGAGCAGCAGCAGCGACUGGGAUGCAGCUCAAGGCAGCACAGUCAUUGAUCAGGUCUUUGGAGGACUUCUAAGAUCCAGAGUAACAUGCUGGAGCUGCAAAGCUGUUUCAGACACCUACAAGGCAUUCCGUGAUAUUUCUUUGGAUAUCAGGAAAGCCACAUCUGUCACCAGAGCUCUGAAGGACUUUGUCAGACCCAAGCAUCUGAAUGGCAAAAACAGCUAUAGAUGUAGCAAGUGUGAACAGCGGGUCAGUGUGUCCAGGAGACUUACAAUCCACCAGGCCUCCAACGUCCUGACUGUGCGCUUGAAGAGAGUCGAUCCUUUCUCUGGCAGAAAGAUUACCAAGUUCGUGCGGUACCCAGAAUAUUUGGAAAUUGGCAAAUACACAUCUGAAGCGUCUGGAGGACCACUCCUCUAUUCCUUGUAUGCCGUCGUGAUCCAUGAAGGUCACAGCUGUCAGCGAGGACACUAUUACUGCUUUGUAAAGGCCAGCGAUAGACGGUGGUACAGGAUGGACGAUGCGUCUGUGGUUCUGUGUGACAUCCAGACAGUUCUCAGCCGGUGUGCAUAUUUACUCUUCUAUGUCAGGCGCCACGAUUUGACCCCUCGAGCGGGCGCUGAACGCCAGGAGACACAGAGUGCUGGGUUGGCAAAGUCGGUUCAAGAUGCGAAGAAUCCAUUUUCUGGAGGCUUCGUGGCACCGAGAAAGCCAGAAGGUGAAGCAGAUACGCAGAGGAUCCAGCGGAACGGAAGCCCAUGGGACUCUGCAGCGCCUCACCCUCAGUGCUUCGGCACGAAGAGAAGGCACUCUGCCACUGAGGAGGGGGAGAAGCUGGACGGGAGCCACCCAGACUGUCCGCCUCCCAAGUUCAGGCGCACCGGCCCUGUGGAAACGCAGAAGCGCGCUCCCCAUCAGCUGCAGCGUGGCAGAGAGAUCCUGCACCGCUCUUCCCACAGGGCCAGAAACAGCUCGGGUUAUGGCAGAAGCUCCAUUUGGGAACGGCUGUACAGCUCGAGCGGCCACCGAGCAGACUGGCACCCCGGGUCGCGAGGGGAGCAGCAGCCUGCGAAAUACUCACUCGAAAAACAAGGCUUUCAUCGGGGAGAUGACCAGAACCAGCUCCGGAGCCUGGAUGGGGCUGAGCAUCGACCAGACGCGCGGGCAGGAAUGGAGCUGGUGGGACGGAUCCGCGUUACAAGCAGCCCUGCUGAAGAUGCUCAUGCUGUGGCCAAGAAGCAGCUGGAGAAGGAAACGCUGAUGCGCGUGGACCUGGAGAAUCGGUGCCAGAGCUUGCAGGAAGAUCUGGAGUUCAGGAAGAAUGUGUUUGAGGAGGUAUUGCCAACCUAG